AUGUACAACGAUAAAACAAUUUAUAUCGUUGAAUAAUUGAUUCAAGAUGCGAAUUCAGACUUAACUAUUUUAUUGUCACUAGAAACAUUCAUGAAAUAUGUUCGAGCAUCGGAUGCAAUUGCCAUUGAAUUCUUAAUAAAAAAUGCUAAUUAAUUAUUGAGGAUUCUAUUUAUAAAUUACGAUCAAAUUCACAGAUCUCAAUAUAUUCUAUACUCAGAUCUUAUUUCAAAAGUGUGGGAAAUUAUAGAUCUUAAUGUUGAAUAGAUUUUAUAAUAAAUAGAGGUAAGUCAGCUUUAAUAAUAUUUAGAAUAAUUCGACAUAAGUAUAUGAGAUACUAAACUAUUAAAAUGUCCCAGAUGCAUAAUGGGCUUAGGCACAUAAGUUCUUAUAGUUUAUUAAAUAACAAUCUUGGUCUUUAAUUCCCAAAGCCUUGUAUGAGAGAGAAUUUUUACUCAUCAAAUUUUUACCUCAUUUACAUAAUAAGAGUGUGGCAUUAAUAAUUUUGUUAUUUUUUGAAAAUCAAUAUCAUGAUCAAUAACUCAUGUUUCUCUAAUAGGGUUUCAAUUAAUUUCAUGAAUUCGAUCCCUGCACUGCUAUAAAUUUUACAUUUUUGAUACAUGAAAUUAUCACUAGAAUAGCUACUAAGGAAUUAAUAAAUUUCCUAUUGUCAAGUAAAGUAAUAGCAAAAUCACUUGAGAUUUUAGAUGAUUGCAGAUUGAGUUUUAUGUAUAAAUAUUUUGUUGACUAAUAUUAAUAGAGUGAGAAAGAACGCAGCUCAUAUAUUAUCACUAAUAUCAAAUUUUUAUUCUUUGGAUCUGCAAAAUCUAUAUUUAGAUGAGCCCAGUAAUGAGAGUGUAAUAGAGACCUUUAGGUAGACUGAUUUUUAUAAGACAUUUGACAUUUAAAUUCUUAAGAACAUUUUGAAUAAUGUUUUAUUGAAUAAUUGCAGAUUAGGAUUGUUAGCAGUGAAACUAGUUGAAGUAUGUGAUUGCACUAUCUUUAGAUUGUAGAUAAUUUAGUGAGAAUUUCAGAUAUAGAGUUAUGGAAUAAGAUAGAUAAAUCAAAUGUGAUGGAAAUUAUCUUAAAUUUAGUGAAAAAAUUUAAAAAUUCAGAUAUUUUUAUCUCAUAUGUGAAUAAUAUGAUCAUUUUCAUUUUAGAUAGAGCGAUCAGUGAUUUUCAUCCUUUUUGGUGCGUAUAGAUUUUUACUAAGUAUAAAUUGUAUGCGCAGUAGAUAAUGUUUUUUAAUAGACAGAUAAUAAUCUUCGAAUAACAAUUGUAGGUUAAACUGAUUAGGGAUAGUGAUUUCUUACCAUAUUAUAAUGAAUUAAUGUAGAUUGAGAACAUUCUUAAAAGAUCCCAGUUUUGGAAGGCAUCAAAGGAACAAAUAGAAUUAUAUGAGGAAAGACAUAAAUAUAGACUGGGAGAGGAUUCCGAGACUCCUUCAAUUGAUUAUCCUAUUAUUGUUUCUGCUAUUGAUGACGAAUGCAUUGAUGAAAUAAUUGAGCCUAAGGAUAAUAUUUUCAUUGAUUGCUUAAAUCGACAAUCUCCAAUUGAUAGUUUAAACAAUAAUGAGGACUCAGAUGAAGACGAUAAAUUAAUUGGAGCCUUCUCUGGUAUGGAUACUUUAAAUAAAUUGAAAAAUGUAUUUCAUAAAAUGGAUUUGAAAGACCAAGAAGAAAACUAAUAAAUACAAGAGAACUAACAAUAGUAAUAAGGAAAGAGAAUACGUAAUUUGUCUAAUUCAUUAAAUAAUUAAAUUUAAUAAGGACAACGGGAUAUUAUAAGUAGAUCUUUGAAUAGUGACAAUGAUUCUCUGUAAAAAUUAUCAUUGAGUUCAUCAACUAAUCUUAAAUAAAUGACCAAAAGUUUUGAUUCAUUUACAAUUGAAGUUUUGGGUAAUACAAAAGUAGUAAAAAAUAAUCAAAUCUUAAAGGUGGAUGAGAUCGAUAAUACAAAUAAUAUUUAGAAUGAAUGA